AUGAACAAUACGAUAGAGCCACGCCUGAUAGCUCUCCUCAACGAUGCGCCCUCCGAAUUGUACAGCAUUUCUCCGUCCUUGGAGCUGCCUCCACUGCACGAUCCCAAUAUCCUGAAAGCUUCUGGGCGUCCUCUGCUACUAGAGCCAGAUGCCAGUAAGCGGAAUGGCAAACCAAGCACUAAUCUGCAGCUUGCUUCCAAGCACAAGCCUCUGAUCCCGCCGCUCGACGAUGAUGAAACGACCCAGAAAGGCAGCGAGGCAAAGCAGAAACAUGGGAAGAGCGCCGCAGAUCGAACAUUGGGAAAUUCUUCACCUCAGUCUCUGCGGAAGAUACUGGAUAAUGAUACAAACACCACCGUUGCAAUUACAUCGAAAAAGCGGAAUAUUGUCGAGAUUAGUAAAGACGACUUUGUUCAGCUCCCACAACCGCCGAAGAAACAGAAAGCUGCCAAACAAGUUGUUCCGCCUAUCAUCAUUGGUCUCUUUGAACCUCCUCCCCAGGCUGCUCUAUUUCCGCCUAUAGCCUCAAGCUCGUUCCACGAUAGCCACGGGAGAAACAGUUUAAAUACCGUGCUGCCGAAAGUUACGGAGCUGAAGGACGACUCGAGAAAGGAUUCCUCCAACGACAAAAAAGCGGAGUCAUCACAGACGAAGGCUCAGAAGAAGGAUGUUCGACCUAGGAAGAAAUGGACGGAAGAGGAGACAGCGCAUCUACUCCUGGGAGUUCAUACACAUGGGGUCGGCAACUGGACAGAUAUACUGGAGGACUCAAGUUACUCCUUUAAUGGAAGAUCAGCUAUUGAUCUGAAAGAUCGCUUCAGAACCUGCUGUCCCGCUGAGUUGCGAGGAAAGGCCGUGGACACCAAGUCAAGCCAAGGUCCUGACGGUUCCAAACUGAAGACUAAAUCCAAGUCAAGUCUAAUGUCAGAAAACAUAUUAAUUGAAGAUGACGAAAUAGGGCCAAUCAAUGCAAGCGGGGAUGCAAAUGUGGCCAAGCAACGCAAAAGCCGUGCGCACAGGAAAAAGCUGGAAGACUUGGCCCAGCUAGGAAUUGAGGGACCUUUCCAGAAGUCUAGACGCCGCGAGAGGAGGCCAUUUUCGGAGGAGGAGGACCGGGCUAUACUUGAAGGCUACGAAAUAUACGGGCCUGCUUGGACCCGAAUACAGAGGGAUCCGAGAUUGAACUUACAAAGCAGACAGCCCACAGAUCUCAGAGACAGGUUCAGGAACAAACAUCCUGAGAAAUUCCGAAGCGAGGACAAAGCAGAUUCUGGGAAGCCAAGUCUGAAUCGAUCUUCUCCAAGCUUCCCUUCCACAGAUAGUCCCUUACCGCUGCAGAACCACACUUCCAUGUUCAAUUUCAAAGACACGGAUGUUACCUUCGGCGACCAAACUGGAAUGGAUUCAUCCGACAGUCUGCCAUACACCCAAUCCUUCGAUUGGAAUCCUGGGAUAUCAGCCCCCUUCUCUAACAACAUUGGAGAAAUGGACAUCUCGCGCUUGUUGCUGGAUGAAUCGUGGCCUGAUAUUCCAAGUUCGAGCAGCAAGGAGAAACAGACCUAUAACGACAUCAACAGCAUUAUCACUUCGAGUGCAGAGCCUCUUCACAACGGGCCUUCAUUCUUCAACAUGCUGAAUGAUCCGGAUCAAAUUGAUGAUCCAUUCGCCUGA